AUGGCCACGCCCGACCCCACGCCCUACUGCGUGUGUCAGCAGACCGAUGGCGCCGGCAUCAUGAUCGAGUGCAUCCGCGGCUCCGGCGGCUGCAACGGAUGGGUACACCCGAGCUGUUGUGGCCUCAUCCUGACCCAAGAGGAGCUAGAGGCCCUGGACGCGUACGUGUGUCCGCUGUGUGAGAAGCCAGACGAUGAUUUCACCAAGUUGACGGCCUUCAACACGAGCUUGGCCAACCGGCAGGCCAAGCGCGAGCGUAAGCGCAAGUUGCAGCCGGCUAAACCGGUCAAGGAGCCGUGGAUCUGCGCGGCCUGCCAGCAUCCGAACCGCGAUCGUCGCACGCGCGAGUGUGAGGCCUGCCACACACGUCGCGUCAUGACCAAGAAGCCUCGGGACAAAGAUCUAAACGACGACGACAAGUCCCGGCAGCUGGCCCAGCAGCUACAGGACGAUCGUCGCCAUAGUAAACGUUCGGCCAAUAAGAAACGGAAGUCGUACCACGUCCCCAACUCGGACGAAGAUAUCGCGAGCUCAGACAGUGACUCAUACAAGACGAAGGCCAAGAAACACAAGAAGCGGCCGAGAGACGACGACUCGGAAUCCGACGAGGCCGAGUUCGAGCUGGACACCAGCAAGCUCAAGCAGGAGGCCAAGCCGGCCGACGACCAGGCCGCAGUGGCCACCAUGGUGAUCGAGAAGAUCAUGGGCGUACGACAACGAGAGGUCGUGGAACCAGCUCCAACACCGCCGGCCGACUCGGCCAGCGCCAAUUUGUUUGCUAAUCGACCGGCCAAGACGACGAUCUCCGAGUAUCUCAUUAAGUGGAAGGGAUUCGCCUACAUGCACGCGUCGUGGGAGACCAAACAAGUGCUGCUGGAGCUGGAUCCGCUCACGAACAAGCAGAAGAUCAAGCGUUUCCACGAGAAAGAGCAGCACAGACUACAGUACCCACAUCGUCAAGCUGGCGACAUGGACGAGGAUUCCCUUGCGGCUGAUGAGCUCGAGUACUUUAACCCCGAGUACCUGGAGAUCCACCGUAUCAUCGCCCAUCGUCAGGACACGCCCAUGUCCGCAGAUCCCAAUUUCCCGGACGCGCCCGAGGACGACGGCAUGCGUUACUACAUCAAGUGGCGGAUCCUGCCGUACACUGAUGCCACGUGGGAGCGUGCGUGUGAUAUCAAGGACGAUGCGGCGUUGACCAAGUAUAAAGCGUCCAUUGUUGUGCCCGACGAGGAAGUGUGGAAGCCACGACCUCGGCCGAGUAUUCGCGAGUACCGCAAGCUGGAGGAAUCGCCCAAGUUCGGCGAAGAUCAGUCGCUCUCGCUGCGUGCGUAUCAACUGGAAGGACUGAACUGGCUGCUGUGGAAUUGGUACAAUGAACGACCGAGUAUCCUGGCCGACGAGAUGGGACUGGGAAAGACGAUCCAGACACUGUCGUUCCUGAAUCUCCUUCGAGAUGACCCCAAGAUUAAGAUCCGAGGCCCGUUCUUGAUCGUCGCGCCGCUUUCGCUGAUUGUGCAAUGGCAGAACGAGUGUGAGAUGUGGACGACGAUGAAUUGCGUCGUGUAUCAUGGCAACAGCGCGUCGCGGGAGAUCAUCCGCGACUUUGAGUUCAAGUAUCUGGACGACCAACUGCGGCCGGACAAGAAGAGGACGUACCGCUUUAACAUUCUCGUGACGACGUACGAAGUGGCUAUUAAGGACAUUGCCGUGCUCUCGAAGAUCCAUUGGCGAUGUCUUGUGGUGGACGAAGCGCACCGUUUGAAGAACCAGUCGUCACGUCUUGUGGAGCAGAUGCGCUCGCUGCGUCGAGACCACUGCGUACUCCUGACGGGCACUCCUCUUCAGAACAAGACGGAGGAAUUGUGGGCGUUACUGAACUUCUUAGACGCGAAAUCGUUCCCCAGUGUCUCGGAUUUCCUCGCCAAGUUUGGCGAUCUCCACGAAGCGCAACAAGUGGCUGAUCUGCACAAGAUGCUGAAGCCGUAUCUCUUGCGUCGUGUGAAGGAGGAUGUCGAGAAGUCGCUCCCGCCCAAGGAAGAGACGAUUGUCGAAGUGGAACUCACACCCGUGCAGAAACAGUGGUACCGUGCGAUUUACGAGCGAAACACGUCUUUCUUGAACCGUGGCGGCAACCCACGCAACGUCCCGAACCUCAUGAAUGUCAUGAUGGAACUCCGCAAGUGCUGCAACCAUCCGUACCUGAAUAAUGGCGUGGAGGAGAUUCUGAACGAAGGCCUGACGACAGACACGCAGCGUCACGAAAUGUUGGUCAAGUGUUGCGGCAAGAUGGUGUUGAUUGACAAGCUGUUGCCACGUCUGAACGACGGAGGACACAAGGUCUUGAUUUUCAGUCAGAUGGUGCGUGUGCUGGACAUUAUCGAGGAUUAUCUACGCUACUGUGGGUACCUGUACGAGCGCCUGGACGGCAAUAUUCGAGGAAAUGACCGUCAAGCAGCAGUGGAUCGCUUCGUAAAGCCAGAGUAUAAGCGGUUUGUCAUGCUGUUAUCAACCAAAGCUGGCGGGUUGGGACUCAACUUGACGGCCGCAGACACUGUGAUCAUCUUUGACAGUGAUUGGAACCCUCAGAACGAUCUGCAAGCUCAAGCCCGUGCGCAUCGAAUCGGCCAGACCCACUCGGUGAAGAUUUAUCGUCUCAUCACGCGUAAGACGUACGAGAUGCACAUGUUCCACAAGGCCUCGUUGAAGCUGGGACUGGACAAGGCAGUGCUCACGCACAUGCGUCGUGAGAACGAAGAAGAAGGCGGCAAGAAACGGAACAAGAGCUCUAAGGCUGAAGAGUCGAAGGAGAUCGACGAGCUGCUGAAACGUGGAGCCUUCUCCAAGGCCAGUUUUGUGUCGGCCACGACGUCGGAUGAUGUCGAUCUGGACGAUCCGGACUUUUGGAAGAAAGCUGUGGGUCUGACCGAGCCCGACCCGAUAGAAGCCGAAGAUUUGCUGCCGCAGCAACGCAAGCGAACGCGUGUGGCCCGUUUUGGCGAUGGCGGGAGCUUCUCGGACGGCAGCAUCUCGGAUGAUGAAUUCGAGCAGGAGAAACGCGACAAGGAGAAGGAAGAGCGCGAACGGCUUGAAGAGAAGAGUGCGCCUCGAGAGUGGACACAGAAUGGACGCGAUCGUCUGCAACGGGCGCUGAUGCACUACGGAUUCGGUCGCUGGGAGAUCAUUCGAAGUCAGAGUGGCGGGAGUCGCUCAGUUAAUGAGGUGGAGCGCUUUGCGCGUGGGUUUAUUUAUGUGUCCGCCUUGGCGUGUGAGCAGCGCAAAGAUGACUCUACCUUUGUGAAGGCUUCGAUCCACGCCGCGUCGUUGGCGCAGCAGGAGAAUCUGAUCGAUGAAGAAGACUUGUCGCCGGUUCUGAAAGAAGAAGACUUUGUGCUCAAGUCCAAACAAGGUGGCGGACGUCGUGUGGUGCUGUACAAGGAGAGCGAGGAUCCGUCCAAGCCCAGACCCAGCGCUGCUGCCAGUAUCGACGAACGUGCCGCGUAUUAUGGCGUCGAUAAGUUGGUGCCGCAUAUCGAGCUGGUCGACGUGGGCGAGCGACCAACGUGGACUCAGAUCACGCCGUGGUGGAACGAGGACGCGGACAGAAACUUGCUGAUGGGCGUAUUCCUUCACGGAUACGGCCGAUGUGCCCAGAUCCUGGCCGAUCCUCGUCUGUAUUUCGCUCGAUUAGAGAAAGCAGCGCGUGAUCAAGUGGAAGCAAGCAAUGGGAGCAGCUCGAACCAGAGCUCUGCUACUGUGCCUGUGCCUGUGGCUGCGCCUGUGGAAGAAGGCGACGUGGAUAUGAGCGACUCGGAAAGUGCGUCGAGUUCAGCGAACGAUGACAGCGCUUUGAAGAGUAACGGGAAGAUUGAAGCGGGUGAUGUGACAGCAGCAGCGAGCUCCUUUAAGCAGCCAGAAGUGCAGCAUAUGAAUCGAUUACUAGGCUGGCUGUUGUCUGCAGAGGAGAUCAAGCGACGUCAUGAGAAGGACAAGUUUAAGAAGGAGCGUGUGGCUAUGGAACAGCGACGUCAAAUUGCUCAGGAAAUGCGUGCACGGACCAUGAUGCUGCGUCGAUUGGAGCUGAAGGCCAUGCAGCUUGCUCAGGUGGAUAUUCUUCGUCACGUGGCGGUGCUGCACAAUGCUCGACAACUUCCCGAAGCGACAGUGGCUCCGUCUUCCCAUCAUCGUAUGAAAAACACAGACUGGACUAAGGACGAACGUCGCUCGUUCGCGUACAUGAUGGCGAUCCACGGCGCGCCUCGGAUCUUGGCCAAACGAGCCGUUGUUGCGCCGGAUGGUCGAGCGACACCGUCGAUGCUACCGUUUGUUACAGAACAAGCGCGCGAGUUCUCGUGGGAGACGGACAGUGUGUCGUGGCGCAAUAUUGUGGAGUGGGGCAAUCUUAACAAGACGGCGACGAUGGCUCGUUCGUUCUACGAGACCAAGUUUGCUCCCAAGUGCCGUGAAGUGGCUCGCAUGCGUGCCGAUCCGCUGGGUUCUGAUCAGCGUGCAGUGGCGCUGGGCGAUUUGAUUGGCAUUGAGUUCGUGGACGCGUAUGAAGGUGUGUUGGCGCAUGGCCUCAAGGCUCGUAACACUGCCUGGGUGACCAUGCGACGGACUCAAGUGCUGGAAGAUGUGCUGGAUAUUCUGUCCACGAAGCGAGUUGCGUUGGAAGCGUAUCUGAAGUCCGGACAGGAGAGUUUGGUGACGGACAUGCCCGUGUGGUGGUGUCCGUGGAUUCACGACUUGGGCGUCUUUUACGGCAUGGCACAUCAUGGUGUGUACGGCUGGGAACGAAUGAUGCUGGACCGUCAGUUGCCGUUCCAUCGCCAGGCACGAGAGCAUCAUAUUCGCACGGUGUUUCUCGAAGGUACAUCCACUUUCCAACCACUGUAUCGUCAUCAUUUUAAGUCGACAGCCGAGAUGAAUGAGUGGUUCAUGCGGGUUAUGAACGAGUUCCCAUCUCUCUCGAUCCUGGAGCGUAAAGUGGAGACGAUCUGUGCUGCUGUUCUCGAGGAGUUUGGAAGCUCGAUUGAGCGAUAUGUGGAGCCCGAAGAGCGUCGCGAGUUCAGUUUAUCGCCGCCAGGCAACUGCUUCGAGGAGCUGGUCUUGUCUCGUGUGAAGCAAGAGGAGGAGUUGCUUCCUAGUAUUGAGCCUCUUCCGGCCACCUCUAGCGAAGAGAAUGGUGGACAUCCUGAGGCUUUAACGGCGUUUUUAAACGAGUCACAAGGCCGUCGUGACGAGUAUUUACGUGAAGCGGAAGCUUCGAACGCUGUCGGCUCUGUAACCUCAAAUAUUGCCACUAAAGAAGUGCCCAAGGGACAAGACACAUCGUCGCAGCUUCCUAUCGAGAUGCUCGUGUCGUAG